AUGGUACGGAGGCUCUUGAAGGCCGUGCCCGUCCCAGACACUGAGGUCCGCCCGCCGCCCAUGCCCGAGAGCCUGUACGCCGUGGCGGCCGCCCAAUCCGAAGCCGGCUCGGACGAGUCGCACGAGUCGGAAGAGUCGAAGGACGCGACGUCGCCGAAGACGUCCAGCGAGGAGGACGACGCCGAGACGACGCCGGCGCCCCCGGCCUCCACCCUGUCGCCGCCCCGCACGCGCCGCAGCCCCGGCGGCGGCAGCUCGGCCUCCAGCAACAGCAAGAGCUCGGCGUCCAGCUCGAGCGGCGGCGCGGGCGCCAGCUCCUUCUCCAGCGCCUCCAGCCACUCCAGCGCCAGCUCGGGCUUCGGCGAGCCCAUCUUCUUCGGCGGCCCCACCAACGGCGACAGCUACGCCUCCAGCUCCAGCCAGAGCGACGCGCAGGCGGGCGGCGCGGGCGACGCGGCCGGCUACGGCCCGGGCUUCGGGGCCGGCGCGCCCAGCUUCGGCGCGCCGGGCGCCGGCGGCUACGGCAACUACGGCGCGGGCUACAACCCUCAGGGCGGCGCGGGGGCCGGCUACGGCGGCCAGGGCAGCCAGGGCGGCCAGGGCGGCCAGGGCGGACACGCAGGGCCCGCGUGA